CCGAGCUAGAGUGUACUGAGGCGCUCAGCUGCCAACACUCACACAUCGUCUGCCGCCGGAGUCCCAGUGGUCCUGGGGAGCGAGUACAGGCGAAGAAAAGCCAGACGCGGGAGAGGAGGUUGAAGACCGCUUGGCAGAGAGAAGGAAGUCAGAGCGGAGGGAAACGUGGAGAGAGGGAGAAGGAACCUUCCUCCCCGCGCAGAGACGACUUCCCAUAUAGCUGGGGAUAGAGGGAGAAGCUGGCGCUCAGGAACUGCGAGAGAAGCUUUCCGAGCAAGUUACCCCGGAGAGCGACGGGAAGAGAAGACAGCAGCAAUCACUGAUCAGAACCACUAUUCCCAACCCCUCAUCAUUUAACCCCUGGGCGGUUCAAUGCACUACUCCAGGCUCUUCCUAGUUUCCUCCUCGGGGUAACUUCCGAGGACGCGCCGCCGGUGCCCCCCGGAGGUGAGGAGAAGCGUCUCGGAAGAAGGAAGAAGUUUUGUGGGGGUUGUGUGCUGAGGAGGAGAAGAUGGGCUGGAAGCGCCGCUGCUGCUGGGGAGGCGGAGGCGGCGGGGACCUUCUCUGCCGGCUCACCCUAGUGCUAGGGUUCCUGCUGCCCGCCUGCAGGACGCGCCUCUACACCAACCACUGGGCUGUGCGGAUAACCGGGGGGCUCCCGGAGGCCAACAGGGUAGCGAGCAAAUACGGAUACGUCAAUAUAGGACAGAUUGGAACACUGAAGGAUUACUACCACUUCUACCAUAGUAAAACAAUUAAAAGGUCAGUUCUCUCAAGUAGAGGUACCCACAGCUUCAUUUCAAUGGAACCAAAGGUGGAGUGGAUACAACAGCAGGUGGUUAAAAGACGGAUAAAGAGGGAUUAUAAAGCUGGUGGUACCCAAUCCACUUAUUUCAAUGAUCCCAAAUGGCCAAGCAUGUGGUACAUGCACUGCAGUGAUAACACCCACCAUUGCCAGUCAGAUAUGAAUAUAGUAGGUGCUUGGAAGAGAGGUUACACUGGAAAGAAUGUUGUGGUCACCAUCCUAGAUGACGGCAUCGAAAGAAACCAUCCAGACUUGAUGCAGAAUUAUGAUUCACAAGCCAGUUUUGAUGUUAAUGGAAAUGAUUUUGACCCUAUGCCUCGAUAUGAUGCCAGCAACGAGAACAAGCAUGGAACCCGUUGUGCUGGAGAAGUGGCAGCCACGGCAAACAACUCACACUGCACAGUAGGAAUCGCCUUUAAUGCCAAGAUUGGAGGUGUACGGAUGCUGGACGGAGAUGUGACAGAUAUGGUAGAAGCAAAGUCUCUAAGCCUUAAUCCCCAGCACAUCCACAUUUACAGUGCCAGCUGGGGGCCUGAUGACGAUGGUAAGACUGUGGAUGGUCCUGCUUCUCUAGCACGUCAGGCCUUUGAGAAUGGCAUCAGAAUGGGUCGAAGAGGCUUAGGUUCAGUUUUUGUUUGGGCAUCUGGAAAUGGUGGAAGAAGUCGAGACCACUGCUCCUGUGAUGGCUACACCAAUAGCAUCUACACUAUUUCAAUAAGCAGCACAGCUGAAAGUGGGAAGAAGCCAUGGUAUCUGGAAGAAUGUGCAUCCACUCUGGCUACAACAUACAGCAGCGGGGAAUCCUAUGACAGGAAAAUAAUCACCACAGACCUGAGGCAGCGUUGCACAGACAGCCAUACUGGAACUUCAGCCUCUGCACCUAUGGCUGCAGGCAUCAUUGCCCUGGCACUGGAAGCAAAUCCAUUUCUGACCUGGAGAGACAUACAGCACAUUAUUGUCAGGACUUCACGUGCAGGACAUCUGAAUGCUAAUGACUGGAAAACCAAUGCAGCUGGCUAUAAGGUGAGCCACCUCUAUGGAUUUGGACUGAUGGAUGCUGAAGCAAUGGUGAUAGAAGCAGAAAAGUGGACAACAGUCCCUCCACAGCAUGUGUGUGUGGAGAACACAGAUCGGCAAAUCAAAACAAUACGACCUGACAGCAUUGUCCGUUCAAUUUACAAAGCCACUGGCUGUUCAGAUAAUCCUAACCACCAUGUGAUCUACUUGGAGCAUGUGGUUGUGCGCAUCACUAUUACUCACCCUCGGCGUGGAGACUUGGCAAUUUACCUAACCUCUCCAUCUGGAACUAGGUCACAGCUCUUGGCCAACAGGCUAUUUGAUCAUUCCAUGGAAGGAUUCAAAAACUGGGAGUUUAUGACUACUCACUGCUGGAGUGAAAAAGCAGCAGGUGACUGGAUCUUGGAAAUCUGUGACACUCCAUCUCAGCUGAGAAAUUUCAAGACUCCAGGCAAAUUGAAAGAGUGGUCCUUAGUACUGUAUGGAACAUCCAUCCAGCCUUACUCACCAAGAAAUGAUUUUCCGAAAGUGGAAAGAGUGCGCUCUAGUCCAGUUGAAGACCCUACAGAAGAUUAUGCAACAGACGACUAUUCAGGUCCCUGCAAUGCAGAAUGUAGUAAAGUAGGGUGUGAUGGGCCGGGACCAGAUCAUUGUACUGACUGUCUUCACUAUUACUACAAAUCUAAGAACAACACAAGGAUCUGUGUUUCGACCUGCCCACCUGGUCACUACAAUGCAGACAAGAAACGAUGUAAAAAAUGCUCACCCAAUUGUGAAACCUGUGUUGGAGGCCAUAAUGACCAGUGCAUGACCUGUAAAUCUGGCUACUACCUGAAUGAAGUAACCAAUAGCUGUAUUACCAACUGCCCUGAUGGGUUUUACCUGGAUAAGAAUAAGAUUGUUUGUCGAAAAUGUAGUGAAAACUGUAAGACCUGUGUUGAAUUUCAAGUCUGCACAGAAUGCAGACAUGGCCUAAGCUUGCAUGGCACUAAAUGUGCUAUCCGCUGUGAAGAAGGAAAAUACCAUAAUGGCAAAGAAUGUGAAGCAUGCCACCGUUCUUGUGCAACAUGUGCAGGUGCUGGAGUAGAUGCCUGUAUAAACUGCACACAGGGUUAUUUUAUGGAAGAUGGAAGAUGUGUGCAGUCCUGUAGUAGUGGUUAUUAUCUUGAUCACUAUACUGAAAAUGGAUACAAAAGCUGCAAAAGAUGCGAUGCCAGCUGUUUGGAUUGUAGUGGUCAAGGAGACAGAAACUGUACAAGCUGUCCAAGUGGCUAUAACCUAGACAGUGGUGCCUGUGUGAUGGGAACAGUAUGCAAGGAUGGGGAAUAUCUUGAUGAUUCCCAAGAAUGUCAGUUGUGUGAAGCAUCCUGUCAGAAGUGCACUGGACCUGAAUCAGACAACUGCAUCAGCUGCCUACUUACAAGGUAAUUAUCUCCUAGCACAGAGCAGUACAAAGAUCUCACAUCAUCAUCUGGAGAAAUGGCUGUAUUGUAUUUAGCACUAGCUUGCAGAGUUAACUAAAGAAGCAAGCAAUGACUAGGGCAAACAAAACCAGGGCGAGAAAACAAUUUUUAUGGGAACAUGACAGUUGGUUACACAAGUAGGUAAUGUUUAGCAGCAUGAUUCCCACAGAUAAAGAAAAAUUCCUUUUAAUAUGUAAAAUAGCCUUGCUUUCAUUGUCAUCCUUUUGAAAUCAUAAUUGCUGGAAUCACAACAAUGAAAAAAUUAACAAGAAUGUAGGGCUUUUGCACAACUAUGGAACUUGGCACAAGGCAUGAAUAUGGAUGCUGAGGCUAGCAAUAGGCUAAUUUGGGAGAUAUUCAUAGCACCUAAACAUCAUCCCCUAGCUGAGGUGUUAUCCAUGAAUUAGGCUGAUAUUUGUAAACUGCCAUGGGGAGUGAACAGAAUUAGAAAGAAGCUUCUCCACAGGACACUGCAGAUCAGAGGUUUGUGUUUGGGUCAUCUCACACAUAAUCCAGGAGGCUACUGGUUUACAACUGGUGUCCUACUCAUAGCUGUAUUCUCACACCAGUAACUGGUUCUGUUGCACUGGAUUGCAUUGUAGCCAGUUGAUAUUUGCGCUGGUAUGAAAUCAGGAUCAGAUCCUGUUAAGGCAAGAAAAAAAACUGACCAAGCAAUCCUGCAAUUUGCCCUGAAAUUAUCUAUGAUAUGACUAUGCUAAUGAAAGGCACACCAGGACCAAUGGAGUCCAAACAAAUUCAUAAUUAGGAAACAUUAAUUAAUUAAUUAAUAAUUAAGGUAUCGUACAUCAGAAAUGACAGCAGAGGAAAUCUAGGCAGAAUUUUGGAGGGUGGAGUGUAUUUCUCCCAUUCACAAUGGCAUUUAAAUUAGAUUGUCUGUGCUUCCUUGCAACCUGUAUUGUGUACUUUACACAGAGUUAUUUGCAAAGCAAAGAAGGAACUGAACAUCAUUGUGCUGAAACACCCAGGUGUUUGCAGUGAUGACAUCUUUGUGAUCUCUUGGAAGGGUGCUGCUGUAGCCCCUGUAACAAAUUCUCUAACAAUUUUAAAUUUUGGUAUCUAAGGUUUCAAAAAAGUUUCUGUGAUCCUUCUGCACAUUAUGCAAGCUGUUAGAAAAAACCAUAUUAAAUGGGAAAGCCAAAAUUAAAAAUAAAUAAUAAAGAAAAAUCUUGCCCAGAGGCUCUAGAGUUCCAUAUGAAAAUUCAGCAUAGAUUUCAUCUUAUUUCAUAAUAAAAUCAGUUAGAUCAU